AUCCAAGCGGUGUAAAGUCGAAAACUUUGUGCUUUUGGAUUCCUAAAAUUUAUUGUCUUGCAGCAAACGCCCCUGCGGUCGAACAUCAAAGUUGAAGAACCAAAUAUGAAUUCUGGUGAAAGCUCAGCGAUCGCUACUGCAAAUAAACCCACAAAUUAAGCUUGGGACUACGAAACUUGUUUCCCACCGUUUUCUUUUGCUACCACAUCAGCAUUGAGGCGAACCAAUCUGUUUAUUGUCGGAAGUGUAUGCUCGCGGGGGGAGCUUAAGCUUCGCAUUCUCUGCAACUCUAAGCCGUUCUGCUGGCGGAAACCCUAAACCCUAGUUUGCGCUUUCGCAUCGAGUUGAAGCUCUUAGAUCGAAUAUAUUAACAUGAGAAUUGCUGUUGAAGGAUGCAUGCACGGCGACCUUGACAACGUGUACUGGACUCUCAGGCAUUUGGAGAAGGUAGAGAACACGAAAAUCGACGUUCUCAUCUGCUGUGGCGACUUUCAGGCUGUUAGAAAUGAAAAGGAUUUGGAGAGCUUGAAUGUGCCACCUAAAUAUCGGAGCAUGAAUUCUUUUUGGAAAUACUACUCUGGAAAGGAAGUAGCUCCUUAUCCAACUAUAUUCAUUGGUGGGAAUCAUGAAGCAUCUAAUUACCUGUGGGAAUUGUACUAUGGAGGAUGGGCUGCACCUAAUAUAUACUUCUUGGGGUGUGCUGGAGUGGUGAAGUUUGGCAACAUCCGUAUUGGUGGGUUGUCAGGCAUUUAUAAUGCGCGUCAUUAUCAUUUAGGACACUAUGAGAGGCCUCCUUACAACGAUAGUGAUAUUCGAUCUGUCUAUCAUGUUCGUGAGUAUGAUGUUCACAAGCUCAUGCAAGUUGAGGAGCAGAUUGAUAUUUUUAUUUCACAUGAUUGGCCUCUUGGUAUCACUGACUUUGGGAAUUCUAAAGAACUCAUUCGUCAAAAACCCUUUUUUGAGAAAGAGAUUCAGGAAAGAACUUUGGGAAGUAAAGCUGCUGCAGAACUGAUGGAAAAAUUGAAACCCCCUCAUUGGUUUUCAGCUCAUCUGCACUGCAAAUUUGCAGCUCUAGUUCAGCAUGGGGAGGGUGGCCCCAUGACAAAAUUUCUUGCCCUUGACAAGUGCCUUCCAGGACGCAAGUUUCUGCAGAUUGUUGAAAUUGAAUCGGAGCCAGGACCUUAUGAGAUUCAGUAUGAUGAAGAAUGGCUCGCAAUAACAAGGAAGUUCAACUCUAUCUUCCCUUUAACCACUAAACGUGCAAACUUUGGAGCUGUACAGCUUGACUCGAAAGAAUGUCGUCAGUGGGUCAGGAGAAAGUUGCAUAUAAGAGGGGCCAAACCUUUUGAAUUUGCACGGACAGUCCUAUGCCAUGAUCCUUCACAAUAUACCUCUGAUGGUUCCUUUUCUGGAAAUCAUCGGAACCCUCAAACAGAAUCUCUUCUGCAGUUUCUAGAACUGCCAUAUCUCCUUGAUAAUGUGAUAGAAUCAGGGGAUUCAACCCAUAGUCCUGCAUCAUUUAUAUGUAGAGGUUCUUUUGACGAAGACAGUGAUCCCAUUGAUGAUGUGGAUGAAAUUGAAGAACAUACAGAAGUGGAUGAUGUAGAAACGGAGACUGCAGAAUAGUUUAGCUGUGGGUUAUUUGCUUUUACCUUUUUUUUCUUAAAAUUUUUUGAUUUUUCUUUACUAGGACGAAGCACACAUUCAGUUGUAAGAAUGUAGAAGGAUGCACUAUGUGAUGGGAGAAAUAAUUCUUGUAAUAUAUUUAGGGCAGAGUCCCGAGUAAUUGUAAUGCAUACCUUUGCCACUCCAGUUAAGCAAUAAAUUUUGCCAAGUCAAAUGUCCUGAUUAACAAUUUAA